AAAUCCUGAAACUCCUGCUCUGGGGAGCCGUCUCCAUUGUCGAACCGGGCGACGAGACGGUUGUCGUAGUGAACCCCCUAGGCGUGGCGGACCAAGACGGGAAACUGCGCCUUUUCCUAAACGCCCGCUACGUGAAUUUGUUCUUGAAAGAGCUGCCUUUCAAGUACCAGCGUUUGCGUGACGUUCUCGCGUUCACCCUAGAGAAUUACUUCAUGUCCACGUGGGACUUGAAGUCAGGGUAUUACCACGUGAUGCUCCAUCCGUCCUUCAGGAAAUUCAUGGGGUUCCGAGUCGGCCGUCUGCUUUUCCACUAUAACGUCCCGGCUUUCGGGUUAUCCCAAGCCUGCUUCCUGUUCACAAAACUGAUGAACGAGCCUGCCAAAACCCUACGGAGCCACGGCGUGCCCAUCUCGGACUACAUCGACGACGGUUUCACGGCCGCAGCCACGUUCCUUCGUUGCCUGCUACAGUCGCUCGCGGCUGUGGCAAAGCUGUUGGGCGCGCUUGGGGCCCUUUUUCGGCCUUCCCAAAUGCCAUUUCCGUCCGGAGCAAACCCGGCAGUGGCUCGGCUUCCUGGUGGACUCCGUAACCAAACAAUUCAGUGGCCUCAUCCGGUGACGCUUCGAGCGGACGUCGACGCGUCCGGAAUCGGUUUCGGCGGAGAGAUCCAGGCCGGUGGUCAUGCCCCGGUUCCCUUCACCGGUUCCUUCGACCUGGACGUGGCCGGGUCAGCCAGUGCAGUCCGGGAACUAACCGGUUACAUCGCAGCCUUGGAAGUCGCUGCCCAAAUCCGCCCCGAGGACCUAAACGGGGGAACCCUGCUCAUCACCGGAGAUAGCCAGCCGGCGAUAAACACCAUCAACAACUUCCGAAGCAACAAUCCCCCGCUUAACCGUCUGCUUCGCCGCCUUUUCGACCUCUGCACCACGCUCGGCUGUGACGUCCAAGCACGCUGGGUUCCCCGGCGGAAUCUCACCAGGGCGAAUGCACUCUCACGGGAACCUGACUCAUCCGACUGGGGAUUGGCGCUAGCCGUCGUCGGUGACGUCAUCCGUCACUUUGGCGUGACGCCCAGCCUUGACGUUUUUGCCUCAGCCAGGCAUCACGUCUGCCCCCGUUUCAUCUCUCGUUUCUACGAGCCGGGAUGCACCGCUGUUCAAGCCAUGAGAACCGACUGGAGGGCCCAUCUACAAAAUCAAGAAGUAGCAUGGGUUUUUCCCCCUGCUCAUUUAGCCCAUGCAGCAAUCGGUAUCAUUCGAGAGUACAAAAUAAAUGCAAUUCUGAUCACGAGGUUCCAGAAGCAGUCUAACGAAUGGCUCGGCUUGCGCGUCGCAGCUCGGCAGCACGCAUCCGAGCCAUUCUUCAUUCCAAAAUCUGAGUCCUCCUGCAUUCCGAGUCUUAGGGUUCCAAGUCGGACCAUAAAUCCUGCCUUCUUAGGUUUGGCCGCCAUACACAUCUACUGGCCGCUAUCGACCUAA